CGGACGAGAGAUGACGUUGAUCCUACUGGCCACCCUCUCCACCCUCUACACCGAGAUGUUCAACUACGUGAAGGCGAAAUUCCCGUUCGUGAUCGAAGCCGCCAUGGUGACUCUGUGCUUUGGUUCCAUUGUGGGUCGAUUCUGCAUACUGGCUUAGAAGAAUACUUAAAAGACUCGGUAUUGCGUGAAUUGAAGAAGCUUUAUAUUUAAAUGAAUUUUUCUUGUGGCUUUAUGUGAAUACAAACUAAUGACUUAAACCUAAA